GGUCUAUUUGAUUGGGUGCAUUCCUACUUCCUUACCUGCCCGGAUUUCCUCAAGCCAUGUGUCUUCUAUCUGUAAUGACAAUGAUAUGGCUCAAUGGAAGAGAACCUUGUAUUUUCACUGGAGGGGCAUUGCAGGAUGAACUCACAACGCAUAGGACGGCACCUAGCCAUAGGAAGCACCUGGGACAGAGACAAAAAUGUGUUUGAGAGCAUUGACUUCUCGUGUCUACGGUCAUUGACAGUUUUUGGAGAGUGGAGGUCAUUCUUCAUCUCAGACGAGAUGAGACUGCUUCGGGUGCUUGAUCUAGAGGACGCAAAAGGUGUAACAGAAAAGGACCUUGAGCAGAUGGUGAAGUUCCUGCCUCGCCUCAAGUUCCUCUCACUGAGAGGAUGCAGACAUAUCUCUCGCUUGCCGGAUUCCUUUGGUGAUCUGCGGCAGCUCCAGACUCUGGAUAUCAGGGACACAUCUAUAACCAAGCUACCAAAGAGCAUCAGCAAGCUACAGAAGCUGCAGUUUAUUCGUGCUGGUACCACCGUACCAUUGGAUGAUGACACGGGCACGAUUGAAACCCAACCAGCAGCAGCCGAGAGCCCAUCACAUGCUUCUCUAGUGUCCUGGUUGUCCGAGCGCUGCAUUCGCCGCCGACCUGCUGCCUCUCAAACUUGCUCUGUCGAGGUGCCUAGAGGGAUCGGGAGACUGACGGCCUUACACACUCUGGGUGUCAUCAACAUCAGUGUUGCAAGGAGGAAAGCUAUUCUGAAGGAGCUCAAGAACCUUACCCAAUUGUGCUGGUUGGGAGUGUCCGGCAUCAACCGGAACAACAGCCAGGAGUUUUUUUCUGCCAUCUCAGGUCACAGCCUCUUGGAACUCUUGGUAUUGUAUUUCGACAAUGACAAUGAAGGUUGUUUGGAUGGCGUCUCCCUGCCUCCGGAGAACCUACGGAGCCUUAAGUUGUACGGGCUCGUAGGCAAGUUGCCAGUAUGGAUCAAGCAGCUUCAGAAUCUCAGAAUAUUGAAUUUACAGAUGACCAUGUUACCACAAGAGGAGAUAGAUCUCCUGGGGGGUCUACCAAAGCUAGCUAUUCUAUGUAUUUCUUUCGAGGAGUUUCAAGAUGGUGAGCUCCGAUUUCGCACAGGUUUGAAGCCACUCCAUGUCCUGGAGAUCACUUGCAACUCCAGGUUACAGUCUGUAACGUUUCCCACUCUAGGGUUCUCUAACCUUGUGGCGCUGAAGCUCCACUGCUGUAGCGUGUCGCACUUGCAAGUUUUCGGGCUACGGUGUCUCGACAGUCUCAAGGAAGUCUGGCUUAGCGGAUCCUAUGACGAAGCACUACUCAAGCGGCACUUGGGGAGUCAGCUUGACGGGCAUCCGAAUAAAAUCAGACCUGUUUUGCGGGAGGGACCACGUUGGUCCUGAUGCGUGUGCUGAGCUCAUGAUGGUCAAG